AGUGCUAUUCUGAAUUCUGUACAUCUGGGGAAAUACUACAAAUAUGGACUACACCCUUGCUGUCCUGUUUUCUAUACUGCAAGUUUUAAGUGUGGGCUCAGCUGCUCCUCUGCCAGUGGAAGUAGUGAAGAUGAAAUCAAAAGUGAAGUGGAUGGCUGAACAGCUGGUGGUUAGGCUGGACAAAGACUUCCAGGUCCCCGUUGGCCUGACUCUCAGCCCACCUUCUGAUGAUCUGGAUGGACCUUCCACCAUAGUGACCGUCUUGGAGGGUUACAACAGCCUGAUCUCUGACAACCUUAACGGGGUCUCUCAGGUCAAGUUUGAAAUCUCUUCGCUGACGGGUUACCUUGAUCAGUGGAGGCAGGGGCACUGCAGUGAGCAGCGGCCAAAGCCUUCGGUACCGGGACCCCUACAGGACCUACAGAGUCGAAAAGAGUUUAUUCACACCGUGAGCAUUGAGGCUCUCAUGAGAGUGAAGGAGUUCCUAAAUCUGCUGCUGAAAAAUCUGGAUCAUCUUGAGACUUGCUGAAAGACAGACAUUAGGUCUAAUAAUUGGAAGUUACUGGCAACAAUUGUGAAAGUCUUCAUCAGUGACGCCUGCAAUGCAAUUUUAAGGACUUUUAUUCUCAAACAUUCUUACUUAUUUACUUAUUUAUAUACACAUGUAUUUAUUUAUAUAUUGUA